AUGGAAGAUUAAAAGGCUAGAAAAAUAUAGAAGUAGAACUCUUUUUUUUUAUUUUAGAGCUUGGAGAUCAUUUACCAAUAGAAAAAUAUUCCAAUAUUACAAGGAUAUUAUUUUAUUUAAAUGCAAGUAAUGAAUAACUGUUAAUAUUAGAGGAAACCCUGCUAGAUUAUUAAAAGCAAUAAAUCCAAAUGAGGCACAAUUAUUAGAUGCUGCUUGCAAAUCACACAUUAGAUUUAGACUUGGUGGAGAAGUACAUUAUUUUCUUACUAUUUUCCAGCAAUUCCCUCCUAUAAUAUAUUAUAAAAUAUAUAGUCAUGGUGGAAUUGUAGAUUUAAAUGCCUUUGCUCCAAGAGAUUAUUCUUCACUUCAAAGAGAUCCUGUUCCUCAUGAAAAAGUAGCAUAUUCAGAAUAUAAAAAAAAUCAAUAAAAAUAUGAUAAUCAAGGAUGGUAUCUAAGGUUGGAUAAUAAUGGAUGGAGACCAGUUUAAUAUAUUAAUAAUAAUAGAUCUCUAACAAAUAAAUGAUCAAAGCAGAUUUUGUUGAAUUAUACACAGCCAAUAAAAUUAGAUAUUAUCAUCAUAAAAAAGACAAGAGAGAGGAAAAAGUUAAUAAAAAAACAAGACUUAAUAAAUUGAAAUGGGCUUAGAGUAUUUAAAAAUAAAAAGAGGGAACUCAAUAAUUAAAAUAAGAGUAAUAACAAUAAGAUUUCUUUACAUAGACUAAAUAAUAUUUAGAAAUGGAUGAUGUAUAAUAUAUUAUUAUACUAAGGAUCAAUUUGAUAAAGAAGUUUAAAAUCUUAUUGAUUGGAGUGAAAAUUUAGAUUAUGAUAAAUAUAUGGCAGAAUGGUUUUAAUUAUCAACCUCUAAUGCUAGCGAAAAUUAUGUUGUUUAAUAAAUUCAUGUAUUUAUAAUUUUAUUUUUUUAGUAAACAAAAAUUGAUUCAGUCUUUAAAGGAACUUGA